AUAACUUCUAGUUUCACUUUCAGAUUAUACGAAACUGCAGUAAAAAGUCUAUCCGUGUGACUAGAAGGAAUAACAGAAUUUAACACGUUUGUGAAAUGAAAAGUCGAAUUAAAACAGGAUGCAGGUUCACUGACAUGACGUGAAAUGAGGAAGAGUUCACAAAAGGAAGAGUUCACUAUAUUGUGGAGAAAGUCAGCUCCGGAUAAAGCAGCUUUGUGAGCAGGCAGUUACGUCUUGCAGUUAUGGACAUUGUACAUCUGUGUCAAAUGAGGAGUUACGUUACAGACGUCAUGGAAAGCUGCGAUGAAUUUUAUUGAGUCAUUCCAUCAGAAAGUUUAUUGUGCAUUCCUAGAAAAUACCACAUACUUCAGAAAGCAGCAUAUGCUACAUGUGAAGCGGAAUCAUGUGUGCAAAGCAGCUGGUGCUAAGGCAGAGAACAGAACUGUUGGGAGCACUGUGCUGUGGUUUCACUGCAGAACCUUUGGAUUGUGUAAUUGACCUGCUGCUGUCCUGGGACGUCCUCAUUUGGGAAGACUACCACAAUGUUCAGUGUCUCACUAAGCCCCUCUGCUCCAAAACCAGAGACCUUCUGGAUUUAGUGUACACCAAAGGAGAGCAGGCCUGCAGCCUGCUGCUGGCAGCUUUUGAUCAAGUCCUACCUGAGGCCCAGAAAGCCGGACUUUGCUUGGGGAAAGGUCAUUUAAAGCUAGGGGAUAGCAAGAAGACUCCAACAAGCGCCAUUGAGGCUUUGUUGGUUGACAGACCAGCAUUGGUAAAAAAGAUUCGGGACCAUGUCGAUGGUGUGUUGGAUGCUCUGAUGGAAGCCGGUUGCUUUACUUCCCAAGACUGUGAUGAAGUGAUGUUACCUGUGUAUACGCUCUCACAGAAGGUUAGAAAGCUGUUAGACCAAGUGAGGUUCAGAGGGGAGGCCGCUGCCAAGACUUUACUUCAGUAUGUAGAGCACAUAGACAGUAAGCCACAAUGUGUGAAAGAGGAAAGGCAACUCUCGACUGAAUGCAUCGACUACAAGAAGAAGCUUCGCAGCUCUGUCGACGCUCAGUCACGCUUGCUCAGCACAUAUGGUGGAACAGGAAGAUUUUCCUUAGAUAAUAUCUAUACCGAUGGCAUUCUUGAAGCGGUGCAAAGAGAGAGAGAGGUUACAGCUCUGAGGCUACAGGAUGUGGUGGGUCUGCUCGGCACUAUUAAUGAGGAAGCAGAUACGAUACUUGUUUCUGGUGAAGCAGGUACUGGAAAGAGUACCUUGCUGCAGAGGCUCCAUCUGCUAUGGGCCGAAGGUACCUUGUUGACAGACAUACUCAUGCUGUUCCCUUUCAGUUGCCGUAAACUGAAUGCUGAGAAAAAGAUACUCUCCUUAAAAGAGCUCUUGUUCCAGCACUGCUGCUGGCCAGACCGGGGACAAGAUAAAAUUUUCCAGUUCAUUCUUGAUCAUCCUCAACUAGUCCUUUUCACCUUUGAUGGACUUGAUGAGUUUAGGCAGAGCUUCACAGAUGAAGAGCGACAUUGCUGCCCCACACAGCCAGCACCGAUACACAUUCUGCUUUUCAACUUGUUUCAGGGUACCUUAAUGAAAGGUGUGAAGAAGGUGGUAACUAGCAGGCCCCAUGCAGUGAGUCCAUCUAUGAAGCAGUAUCUCUGCAAGGAAGUCCUGGCCAAGGGUUUCUCUCCUGUCGGAAUUGACCACUUUGUAAGGAAACACCACAAUGAUGCCAACAUAGCUACUCGGGUUGUAGAAGCCCUCAAGGCUAACACAGCCCUUCUUGGUCUCUGCCAUAUUCCUGUCUUCUGCUGGAUUAUAUCAAAGUGUUACAAAGAGUUGCUCGGAUGUGGGGAGGGCAUCCCUCAGACAGUCACCGAUGUGUACCUCAUGGUUCUGAAGCAUUUCAUUCAGAAGCGAGUGCCAGAGCAAUAUAGCACUUUGGGAAAAGGAUGGUUACAGGAACAUCAAGAGAUGGUGAGAAGACUAGGACAGUUGGCACUUGACGGCUUAAAGACUUCCUGUUACUUAUUCACAGAGCCAGACUUGCAGAAAUGUAGCAUCACACAGCAAGACCUUGGUCUAGGAUUUCUUAUACACUGCAAGGAUUUCUCAGACUAUGCUGACUACAAACAUUUUGAGUUCCUGCAUAUUACACUGCAGUGCUUUUUUGCUGCUCUCUAUAUUGUUCUCAACAACAAUGACAACUGCUCUGUCAUCCUAAACCUCUUCCAGUCUGACUGCAAGCAGACAGCACAUUUUAAUCACAAAAACUGUUUUGCACAAUGCUUGAAGCCUGUAGUUGAUGACUGUGUUGCAGAGAUCCCGAACCUACAGAUCACCUCAGAGUUUGUUGCGGGACUUCUGUCCCGGCGCCAUCGCAAUCUGAUCGUACAAUCCUGUCCGGCUGCAUUGCUCGAGAAAAAAUACAAGCAAAUCAUGAAGUGUUUGUCGAAGGGGUUACAAAAACAUUUUAAAUCAAUUCCGCCGCCGGUGAAGAGUGAAAAAAAGAGCAUGCAUGCCAUGCCGGGUUUCGUUUGGCUCAUUAAAUGCAUCUACGAGAUGCAGGAAAGUGAGAUUGCUAAGGAUGCAGUGGCCAAACUAGAAGUCGAGCACUUCAAGUUAAUAUACUGUAAUAUUGGGCCUGUGGAAUGCACUGCUCUGGCUUUCGUACUCAGGUACCUGCAGAAUCCUGUCGGAAUACAGCUGGACUUCAACUCAGUGGGGGAUGUGGGAUUGGAACAACUCCUGCCAUGUCUUCAUAUCUGUCACUCCCUCUACUUGAGGAACAACAACAUAUCGGAUGAAGGAAUACGCAAACUUGUUGAGAAGGGAGUGCACUGCGAGUGCUUCAAGAAAGUAGCGCUGUUCAACAACAAUCUAACAGACGACUGCACGAAGUAUUUUGCACAGCUGCUUAAGGCAAAGAAUAACUUCCUCGCAUUAAGACUCGGAAACAAUAAGAUCACAUCGCAGGGGGCUGAGCAGCUAGCAGAAGGGCUGAGGUGCAACACAUCACUGAAGUAUCUUGGGUUGUGGGGAAAUAAGAUUGGAGACAGAGGAGCUGAGGCUUUAGCGGACGCACUGAAGGAGAACACGACGCUGAUAUGGUUAAGUCUGGCGGAUAACGGUGUCGGCAGCGAAGGAGCACGUGCCUUGGCAGAACUUGUUAAGAGAAGCACAACACUCGAGGAGCUCUGGCUGAACCAAAACUGCAUUAGAAGGGAUGGUGUAGAGAGUCUAAUUGAGGCUUUGAAAGUGAGCGCUACUGUUAAGGAAGUGUGGUUGAGAGGAAACAACCUGAGCAUGGAGGAUGUGAAGGAACUUAGUGGGCAAGAAAGCAGACUGAUCUUCUAAAGGUGAAAGGAAAGAACAGAUUCUUCAAAUGCUACGAUUUGUGUGCUGUUUAGCCAUUUAAAUACACACACACACACACACACACACACACACA